AUGAGCACCCCGCAGGCAAAUCGCGAGAUGGUCUUCUGCCAUGAGUGCCAAAACGAGUGGUACCGGGACGAGCAUGGUCUGACAUGCCCUGAUCCUGACUGUCAUUCCGAGUUCACCGAAAUUAUUGAACCCGACCACGACCCCCGCGACGACCAUCUGAACCUCGAGGACGACUCCGAGGACGAGCCUAAUCCUUUUACGCACAAUCCUUGGAACGCGCCAGACCCUGAAGAAGGCGUGCCCGAUCCGAUCCACGGUUUCCCGCCAGGAAUCCGUCUACAGCGCAACGGUCCCAACAGUUACUCCAUCACCGGCACCUGGUCAACGACUUUUGGAGGACCCCGGGGGCAGACUCAUAAUCACGGCGAAUUUGGCGAGCCCAAUGCCUUUGUAAACCCCUUGUUCCGUAAUUUCGCCACUAUGAUGCAGGGAAUUACUGGGGCUUCACAGCGACCGAAUGAGCACGGUGAGGAGGGCCAGCCUGGUUCGUCAACGAGAGAAGAGACUAGGUCAGGUAGCGGUCCACACUACACCUACACGUCAACCGCAAGACUAUUCCCACGGGACGCGAACAACCCGGGACCACAUGUUGAGCCUACCGAUAGCCUUCAUGAGGUAAUUGCCGGUAUUCUAGGUGGUGGUGCGUUUGGUCCGCCUCCUUCCGCACGAGACCGUGGUCACGGUCCCGGAUCACCCGGUGGCGAAGGCGGCAUACCACCGAAUCCGCUUGCAGCUCUAUUUGCCUCUCUACUCAACCCACAACUUGCCGCCCAUGGAGAUGCAGUGUACAGCCAGGAAGCUCUUGAUCGCGUUAUCUCUCAGUUGAUGGAGCAAAAUGCUACAGGCAACGCCCCGGGACCGGCCUCUCAAGAGGCAAUCGCAGCUCUACCGAAGAAGCGUGUCGAUCGUAAAAUGGUUGGCGCUGCUGACUCUCCGCCGGAUUUUCCAGACAGCGAGCUUCACGGCGAGUGUAGUAUUUGCAUGGAUGAGGUCCCGAUCGGUGAAGAAGUAACAGAGCUUCCGUGCGGUCACUGGUUCCAUGGUCAAUGUAUCGAGGCAUGGCUGCGCGAGCACGAUACCUGCCCGCAUUGUAGGAAAGGUAUCGAGAAGAAGGAUAACCAGGGAAGUCAGCAAGGAGGACAAGGCCCCAGCGGCGGAGCCGCAGGUUCAUCUGGAUCUGGGUCUGGACCUGGAAGCGGCAAUUCCGGUAAUCCCCCGGGAAGCAACAAUAACAACAAUAACAGCGGUAGCGGUGGCUCAUCAAACCUUCCCGAUGAUCAGUUCGUUCCUAACAUGCCCGGCGGCCUGUACACGACGUCCUUUUAUUCUAUCGGCACCGCUCCUCGCUCCCGUACGCGCUCGCCCUUCGAUUUCCCCCUCUUCGGCAUCCCCCACUCCGCAACUUUCCCCCCGCCGCUCUUCCAAGAUGCUUCGGACCAGCCGACCAUGCGUCACCAUCGCUACAGCCACCAGACAAAUGAGCCAUUCAUGCGUAUCUGGGAAGGUUCCUUUGACGAUCACGACCGCGUCUUGCGCGGUAGCGGUCACACCUCGCAUACGCACGUCACUGUCCAUGGCUUUAGCAGCAGGUGGUGGAGGUAG